AUGGGAUCAUGUCAAAGUACUAGUAAAAAUAAUGUAGCUGAAAAAAAAGAAGAUAUUAAGGAGUAUGUUGAUGUUAGUAAAAAAAAUGAAGAUGUGGAUAAAGUUAUAACAGAAGUAAAUAAAGAGGAAAUAUGCAAAAAUAAUGAUGAAGAGAAAAAUGAAAUUAAAGAAGAGAAAGAAGUAGAUGGAGAAAAAAAAAAAAUAAUAAUUUUUAAUGGUGCACCAGGAUCAGGUAAAGAUACCCAAUGUAGAUUAAUUAAACAAAAGUAUAAUUUUAAAAUUCUAACUUCAAGUGAGUUAUUAAAAAAAUAUUUAGAAGAAAAUAAAGGAAAACUAACUGAAGAUUCUGAUACUAAUGAAAAUAAAUUAAGUGAACAAGAAAAAGGAGAUUUAGAAGUUGUAGAAAAAUGUAUUAAUGAUGGUUCGCUUGUACCUGAUGAAAUUGUAUCAAGGAUUUUUUUUCAAAAUUUAAAUUAUGAUAUAAAUAAUGUUGAAUUUGAUGGAAUUUUAAUUAAUGGAUUUCCAAGAACAUAUGAACAAGCACUAUCAUUUAAAAAUAAUAAUAUAAAAGUUAAUGCAUUAAUUAAUAUGACAACUUCUAAGGAAUGUUUAUUGGAUAGAAUUAACAAUAGAUUAGUAGAUCCUGUUACUAAUAUAAAUUAUGACGAAAAAAUAAUUGAAUUAAUUAAAAAAAAAAGAGGAGGAGAAUUAACUGAAGAGGAAGAAAAAAUAGUAUCACAAAAUGAGGAUUAUAAUAAUUUAAGUGAUGAAGAUAUUAGUAGAUUAAUAAAAAGAGGUGAUGAUGAGGAAAAUGUUUUUCAUAAAAGAUUUAGCUUAUAUAAAGACAACGAAGAAAAAAUUAUUUCUCUUUUUACUGAUGUAUGCAAAAAUGUAGAUGGAGAAAAAUCUAUUAAUGAAGUUUUCGACGAGAUAUCAUCAAUUAUUGAUAAUAUAGUGAAAAGUUAA